AUGAUGUCCAAAGCACCAAGGUGGCAGGACACUUUAGUUUCCUCAAGGGCUGAUAAGGCUGUGCAGAAGAAAGUGGGAAAGGAAUCAAAUUUUUCAGUGUUUAAUGGAAAGCAGGCCGCCAAUGGAAGACGUGGUACAAAUAUUAGAAGGAGCCACAGUUUUGGCCUCAGAGACUUGAGUCCUGGAGGGAAAGCUGUAUGCAGUACACAGGAACAGAGCCAAGUGGGACUUAAGGACAAAAAAACAGGCUCUCGGUCGUCCAGGCCGGCUAUCCGCCUCUGCAGCAGCCAGAGCUUCUCCUCCCUCCACGGCUCCUCACCCUUCGUACGAGGGAGCCGCUCUCUGAACAGACUGGACCAGAGAGGGAGAGAUGAGGAAAAAAGCUUAUCUUCUGGAAAGUUUUCAACAUCACUUGAGACAUUGAGGGACCAACCAGAUUCUCCUUUAAUUCCCACUGAGGAAAUGAAAACCAGCCUGUCUGAUCAGUCAAUAGAGUCCUCUUCUGUGGCGGCAUGUCACCAGCACAGCAACAAACUCAAGAAACAGACCAGAGAUGGUGUGUACACUCUCUGUGCCAUGACCUCUGGAAUGAGACGCAACUGGGUCCAAGCCGUGUUGAGGAACGUAAGGUCCAAUACUACUCCUGCAAUUACAGACUUCAGUGAAUCCACAGACAAAGCAAUAGAUGGAUAUGCAGAAGAGACUGGAGCUAAAAUACUCAACUCUUCUGAGCACAUGAAUGAACAGACACACACAAAGCAGUUCAAUGCAGAUUCAACGGCUGACCAUAUAACCACUGGGUCAGCACUGCCUCCUCCCUCCUCACCCACCCCUCCCUCCUCACCCACCCCUCCUUCCUCACCCACCCCUCCCUCUUCACCCACCCCUUUAAACACUCCUCUCCAUCCUCCUCAUGGCCAACACAAUAAAGAUCACUCUACUGACAACCUCAGUCAAAGCACAGAGAAUGAGGUUUCCAAUGAUGCAUGUUUGAAUGGAGACGUAAACAUAGAACCAGGAACACCUCUAGAAAAAGAUGCUCCGCAAUCAAUGAAUAAUUUCUUGCCGGGUGAAGAAGCAGAGGCCAGUGGAAAACACACAGGACUGCUGGUUAAAGAGUUGGAAAAAACACAAAAAGAAUUAUCUCGGCUGCAGCUGAUCAACAAAUCCCUACAAGAUGAUCUUAAACAACAAAAAGAGAGACAAUUAAAAGAGAUGACUCCUCAACAGAUUAAUUCUAUGGACCAAAUUGCUUUUCAGCGUCUUCAGAAAACCAACCAGGAUCUCCGUACAGAGCUGGAGGCACAGUGGCGCUACCAGGAGGAAGCCAGACAGGCCGAACUCCGCAGGAGGGUGGACAUCUUGGCACAGCAAGCACAGUUGCUGGUGACUGGUGAUGCGACGACGCUAGCUCAAGCCCAGUUGGAGCAGGAUAGCAGAAUAUUCAAGGAAAAAGAGCUGGAAUUGGAACAAAUUAUUUCAUCAUUGAAAGCUCAGCUACAAACCAGUGAAGAUAAGAGAGUUGAAGCCGAGGCACAUCUAACACAAGUCCAGCAACAAGUGCAAGGUUUGUGCGAUAUGCAACAAGAAGCCAACCAGUUGCGUGAAAAUUACCAAGAGGUUUCAAGUCAACUCCGUGCCUAUGAGGACACCCAAGCCCAAAAAGAGGCGCUACUUGAACAGCAUCUCAUGCUCCUCCAGGCAAGUCAGGAGCGAGAACGCAGGACUCUGGCUGCUAGUCUGGCCCAAGCAGAAAAACGAUCACAAGACCUUCAAGAACAGCUGGAACAGGCAAAACAGCAGGUUGAGAACUGUAACAAAUCUCAAGCAUGGACCAAAGAGAUACAAGAAGCCCAGGAGCAACUUCAAGAGGAGCUGCAACAAACAGUAUCCACCAUGCAAGAGCUUCGAGAGGAAAAAGAACUGCUGGAGAAUCAAUGUCAGGAGCUGCAAAGCCUGGUACAUGAAUCAAACGGAGAAGUGAGCAGACUUCAGGACCGGCUGAAAACGGAUGAGACACAGUUUUACAAUCUGGAACAUUCCUACGAGAGAGUUUGCGAGGAGUUGCAAGUGGCUAUGGGGAAGGUUCGCCAAUGGGAAACCGAGGCUCAGGACAUGAGGGAAGGCUACGAACGGCAACUGGAUCAAAAAGAGCAAGAGCUGACGGAGGUCCUGCUUAAGAUGGAAGUGUUGGGGAACAGCUUAGAGGAAACUGAAAUGAGGCUAAAUGAAGUGCUAAACAAGAAUGAAACAGAGAACAAACAAGUUAUAAACAAUGCAGAAAAUUCCAGCAUUGAUGUUUCCACGAGGGUGCGUUCUCGUUCAAUUGACCAGAGUCUUGUUCCAGAGGGUGAUGACCCAGAGAAGUUUGCUUCCAUCAUCCAGGUCCUCGAAACCAAGCUAUAUGUAACAGAGGAGAAGCUAAGGGACAUCACGCAGACGCUGGAGGACUAUCAGAACCAUGUGAGCUGCCAAGAUCCUCUCCUCUGCUCCCAGCUCACUCAAACACGAGCCAACGCCCAACACCUAGGCCUCCUCUUGCACAAUCAGGCCAAAAACAACCAACGCUUCACCCAGGAUAUGGAAAACCGCUGCAGGAUGCUAGUUGGGAGGUUCCAAGUAGCUCUCAACAUCGUCCAAGCAUGCAGGGGGCGAUUGCAAGAAGCUGGGUCGCUUAUAGAUGUUGAAAACUUUGAAAAGCAGCUUUCCACUUUGGUUAACUGUCUCAAGCAAGAUCUCAAGAGAGAAUCUGACAACCAGUGUUCAGAGCAAGAGCUUAAGGAAACAUUAUGUCAUCUGGAAGAGGUGAACUGUGUGCUGAGAGAGGAGCUCCAACAUGCUGAGCAGAGAGUGUGCAUCAUCGAGACGGGAAAUCAGAAACUGUUGGAGGACAUGCAGGAAAUUGAGAGCCAUCAUGAGGAACGGAUGCAAAAACUGGAGAGGGAAUUCCAGCAGAAGAUACAAGAGCUGCAGAGAAUUCACGAAGAGGAGAUGAAACAUUUGCAUGAUUAUUAUAGCAAAUCUUGUUUUUCCAAAGAGAGACUGAACAAAAUAACUGGAAAGUCAGCUUCCAGUCAAGGUCACGAUGGUGCAGAUGGUCACGCAGAAGAACAGGACAAGUCUAAGCAGAGGUUCAGUGCGCUGGAGGAGAUGCACAAGAAGCUCAUCAGUGAUCUGCAGCAGCAGCAUCAGAAGGAAGUGGCCAAACUCCUGAAGGAGAAAGACCAGCUGCUGAAGGAGGAGACCGCUGCUACUAUGGCUGCUAUCAUAGCCAUGAGGAGAGCACAUAAAGAAGAACUGGAGAAAACUCGGCACACCACGAGAAGCAGAGAAAGCGCUGACAUGUCAGAACUGCACAUUGAAUAUGAAAAGGAACUACAGACUCUGAACAAGGAUUUGGAAGUUUUAUCCGUGCAGCACACUCGGAAGUGUCUAGAAAACUCUCAACUCAGUCAAAAACUCAAGGCACUAAUGCAGCACCAACAUGAACAACAGCACCUAAAGGAUAAACAGAGCAAAGCAGAUGAUUGUGGGAGUACUGCACGGCUGACUGCAGAUGAACCUGACACAUAUGAGAUGGAGGUCAUGUUACGAGCACGUGAAGCAGAGAUGCAGUUUCUCAGGCAAGAAGCCGAGUCUCUUAAGGAAGAACUGAAACUCGCUCAAAUGGAUACAAUUUAUGCUCAGAACAAGCUUAAGGCUUUGUGCGUCGGAACCCCAGAUGAGAAAUUCUAUGAUGGCUUGAAAUGUGCCACAUGGUCCCCAAGUCGACAUGGACAAAAUCCAAUGUUCCCAGAGGAGAAUGGGAUCCACCAAUCAGAUGCAACUGUUCAAAGUAAAGCAGGCAGUGUGUCGCUCUGUCACCAGCUCAGAUCCUUGAGAUCCAAGAGUUUGAAAGACAGCCCUUGUGCGCAGGAACGAAUGAAGUCAUUCGACGAACGAGUCAAGUCAUAA